AUGAGCCGUGAGGCGCGGAGUAUCUACGAGCGGAUCCGCGCGCGUCCGUGCCGCGUUGCGCGCGUGAUCAUCGCGGGGAACAAGCGCACAAAAGCGGCGAUCAUCUCCCGCAUCAUGGCGGGCGCGCUGGCGGAGCUGGCGGAAGCGGAAUCGGCGGAGGCGGAAGCGGCGGGCGGAAGCUUCGAGGAUCUGCAGUCGGCGCUGCUGCGCGCCAAUCGCGCGCUGCGCGGGCUGGGGGUGUUCGAGGAUGUGACUAUAGUGGUGGAUGCGCUUCCCGGGAACCCGCCUGGCACUGCAACGGUUGUGAUUAACGUGAAGGAGGAUAGCGUGUUAGCCGCUAACGUCGGCACGUACCUGCAGAGGGACGGGCGCACCAGUGAGGCGCGCAUAACCCUCAGGAACCUCCUCGGGUAUGCCGAGUCGCUCGACCGCGACCUGGGUCACUCGCUGCUCUCCGCUGUCCGAUACGUCUACAGCAUUGACAAGAGGGAUUCCCAGGUCCGCCCUAGGACGGGGUAUGCCAUGCGCGCCACAACAGAGCUGGCAGGGCUGGGUACAGACCCCAAGCUCGUCAGCUUCCUGCGCCAGGAGCUUGAGCUAGCAACAGCCCUGCCUCUCCCCAUCGCCAACGCUGCCUUCACCUCUUCCUUCCGCAUCGGCGCUCUCCUCCCCUGGUCCCUCUCCUCCCUCUCCUCCCUUCCCGGCCUAUCACGUUCCUCUCAACCACCCCCCUCUUCUGCCACCUCCGCCGCCUCCUCCGCUCCCUCCUCCUCUCCAUCCCUCCCCCACUCUCUCAUCAACGACCGUUUCUUCCUCGGCGGCCCCUCCUCCCUCCGUGGCUUUCAAGACCACGCAGUGGGGCCCACCGCUCCCCGCCCGGCCCCCUCCCGCGCACGCGACUUCCUGGGUGGCGAUCUCUCCCUCUCCGCUACAACUGCCCUCUCGUUUGACUUGCCGUUCUUAAAGCCCCUGCAGCAGGCGGGCGUGCACGGGCACGUGUUUGCCUCGGCCGGUGCGCUGCUGCCCCUGCAGAGUGUGUCUGGUGCUGCUGGGAGAGCGUGGGGAGGGGGGAGUGUGGGAGGGGAAGGAGGAGGAACAGCGGGAGGGUCGGUAGGAGGAGGAGUGGGGAAUCUGGCUGGGAGGGUGGUGGAGGUGACGAGGUCGGUGGGGAGGGAGGUGCUUGCUGCAAUGAGGUGCACGGCGGGAGUGGGACUCGUGUGGCCCACGCUCAUCGGUCGGCUGGAGGCAAACUACUGUUUCAUCCUGCGCAAGCACCCGCACGACGUUGCUGUGAAGCACGGCCUACAGGUUGGAUUCAACGCUGCUCUCUAG